GAUGAGGAUUUGCUUCAAUUUUUUUUUUUUGGUCUCUGUUCGUCGCCUCGUAAGAAGUUAGGAAUCUUAGGAGUCUUUACCUCUUAAAUUCCACGCUUCGAUAUUGCAGAAAUUGUGUGGAAGCUGGGAACAAACGCAUGUUGUGACCCUUCAGCCAUUUGGUCUAUAGAUUCGAUUGGAUUUUCCCUAAUUUAGUUAUUAAAUAGAGAGAUUAAGACUUUUGGUGAUGGAAUGCUUGAUAGAGUAUUUUAAUGGCGUCAAUCUGUGGAAGCCGCUCAUUGCGACCAAGCAUAUAGGAACUCCUCCUCCCUUCUCCAGUCGUAAAUGUCGUCUAAGGUCUCUUAUAAGAAGUGGGUUUUGUUUCAGAGAACCCUAGGUUUCACCAAAUACAGGCCAUGGAGGUGGAGGAGCUCAGAUCCUCGAAAUCCGAAAGGUACUCCAAGGAAUUGGAUGUUGCUGUUAGAGUUGUCCAAAUGGCUUGUUCUCUAUGUCAGAAGGUGCAGAAGCAUUUGAUUUCUGAGAGCAACGAUCAGGUUAAAUCCAAGGAUGACAAUUCUCUUGUCACUAUUGCAGAUUGGAGUGUCCAAGCAACUGUUAGCUGGAUGCUGUUAGAAAUAUUUGGGAGUGAAAAUGUAUCAAUUGUUGCUGAAGAAGAUAUCCAAACUCUCACUAAGGCUGAUUCAGUAGGCAUACUGGAAACUGUGGUGAAGACUGUCAAUGAUUGUCUGGUCGACGCACCCAAAUUUGGACUUACAGUUCCAGCUAUGGCUCUUGGAACUAAAGAAGUUCUUGAGGCGAUUAAUCGAUGCAACUCAGCUGGUGGUCCUAGUGGAAGACAUUGGGUACUGGAUCCCGUUGAUGGAACAUUGGGAUUUGUACGCGGAGACCAAUAUGCCGUAGCUCUAGCCUUGAUAGAGGAUGGAGAAGUUGCACUUGGAGUUCUUGGGUGCCCCAACUACCCAAUGAAUAAAGAAUGGUUAGAAUAUCACCAUUGCUAUUAUCGAAUCAUGUCUAAAUUGUCCUCUCCCACAUCUGAAUCUUGGGACAAAGGCUGUGUGAUGUAUGCAAGGAAAGGCAGCGGAGAGGCAUUGAUGGAGCCAUUGGUCAGGGAAAAUAGUAGCCUUGAUCUGUCAAACUUAGCAAGGACAAUUCGAGUAUCAUCAAUCGAUGAUCCAGCACUGGCUACAUUCUGUGAACCAGUUGAAAAUUCCAAUUCAAGCCACUCCUUCACUGCAGGACUAGCUCACAGCCUUGGGCUAAGAAAUCAGCCAUUACGUGUCUAUAGUAUGGUGAAGUAUGGUGCAAUAGCAAGGGGGGAUGCAGAGAUUUUUAUGAAGUUUGCAAAGGCUGGAUACAAAGAGAAGAUAUGGGAUCAUGCAGCUGGUGUUCUCAUCGUACAAGAGGCUGGUGGCGUGGUAACCGAUGCUGGAGGCUGUCCAUUGGACUUUUCUCAGGGUAUAUAUCUAGAAGGCCUCAAUCUAGGCAUAAUUGCCUGCUCUGAUGUUAAACUACAUCAGAAGAUCAUCAGGGCUCUCAACGCUAGCUGGGGCUCCUCUAACCUUUGAUGUUUGUUGUAUAUUCUCAAUGCAACAAUGGAGCAGAUAAUGCCUAUCAUUUUGCGGGGUAAGCUCAUCAAUAACUAACUAGCCAAAGUUGGAAAUCUCGCUAAAUGUGAUUUGUGACUUGGCGGAGUAGGUUCUUUUUUAUUAUCUUUAUUAUUCAGUCACUCAUUCGUUUCUAAACAAUGGCUGAAAUUUUUGUUGUUUUUUUUAUUAGUAGGUAGGGAGGGAAGUAGGUAACAGCCAGGAGGUUCGAACUUGAGGCCUCCUGGUGAGCAUGGUUUUUUUGUACACCACAGCUCACCAACUGUGCUAGACAGUUGUUUGAAAUUUUUUGUUAAUUCUGAAUGAAACUCAAAAGUUAAAAUUCUGAAGCUAUGCAAGUGGAUUUCUUAAGUUUUUCAA